UUUGUUUUCCACGAAUGAUGGAAUAAUUUCAUGGUGUUUAUUUUGUUUGAGACACUUAGCUGAGAAAAAAUGACACUGACUGACAUUUGCCCAAAAAUCCAUCAUAUCAGGUUUUGUACAGAUAGGUUAUUUGGUGCCAAAGGAACUAGAAUUUUAACGUUCAUCCACCUUUUGUCAAAAUCAACCCAGUAGUGUCUGAAUAAAUCAUCCUCUCCUUUGAUACACAACUGUGUAUGUGUCGAGGCUGUUCCUCAGUCCUAUCACACAUUCACACAAGGAAAUGGGUAAAAAGGUAAUGGCCAUACUGAUCACAGGUGCAGUUUAUGAUAACCUCCUGCAGGUGUCGCUAAAGAACUAAUUAUUCUCAAACAAUUCCACCCCCUCCUUCCACCAAACCAGAGCGUAAAGAGGUGCCGUUGGGAAUUGGGACAGAACGAGGCUGUGCUUGUUUCCAGCUGAGUGCGUCCUCUAUCCCUCUCGGUACUAGUGUGUGUGUGUGUGCGUGCGUGUCUCAGUGUUUGUGUGUUGUCACUCUUCUCAAACCUACACCCUGCUCAGCAUGGCCAGAUUUACGCAGAGUGAAAGCAGAAGGCAUCAGCAGCAUCAGCCCCAGCCGACUCAUCCCGCCCCCGUCAACCUGCUCCUCCAGCAACCGCUCCUACUGAUCCCUCAUCAGCAUCAGCCUGCGCACAACCCGGUUCCGAAGCCUAUGAACGGACCCGAAACCGCCUCAAUGCACACGGACGGCGGCGCCAUGAAAGACCAGGACGCUAUCAAGCUCUUCAUUGGACAGAUACCCCGGAACCUUGAGGAAAAAGACCUGAAACCUCUCUUUGAACAGUUUGGGAAAAUCCACGAAUUAUCUGUUCUGAAGGACCGAUACACUGGCAUGCAUAAAGGUUGUGCGUUUCUUACCUACUGCGCCCGGGAGUCUGCCAUCAAAGCCCAGAAUGCAUUGCAUGAGCAAAAAACCCUACCUGGGAUGACUCGUCCUAUCCAAGUGAAACCAGCUGACAGUGAGUGUCGUGGAGAGGACCGGAAGCUGUUUGUAGGGAUGCUGAACAAGCAGCAGACGGAGGAAGACGUGUAUCGUCUGUUUGAGCCCUACGGCGCCAUCGAGGAGUGCACCGUGCUUAGAGGUCCAGACGGAAACAGCAAAGGCUGUGCAUUUGUGAAGUUCUCUACACACUCUGAAGCUCAGUCGGCCAUCGGUUCCCUUCACGGGAGUCAGACCAUGCCUGGGGCGUCAUCCAGCCUGGUGGUGAAGUUUGCAGACACAGAUAAGGAGAGGACCAUACGGCGCAUGCAGCAGAUGGCAGGACAGUUUGGCAUCUUCAACCCCUCCGUUGCCCUGCCCACCUUCAGUAGUUACAGCACCUAUAGCAGCUACGCUCACGCCUUGAUGCAGCAGCAGCAGGCAGCGGUGAUGGCCGUGUCUCAAGGCGGCUACCUGGCUCCCAGUCUCUCCUUCCCCUCGGCCCAGAUCCACCAGGUGGGGGCGCUGACCAUGAACGGCUUGCCCCCCAACCCCCUCAACCCUGUGUCAGUGAGUUUAUAUUUCCCUACUGCAGGUCUGAGCUCUCCUCCGGCCACCCUGCCCUCGUCCCUGCCCUCGUCCCUGCCCGGCCUGGUGACCCCCAUGAUGAACGGGUACACGGGCCUCGCCCCCCAGGCUAAUGGUCACCCUCUGGAGACCCUGUACACCAAUGGCCUGCCUCCAUACUCCACCCAGAGCCCUACCGCAGCCGACACACUGCAACAGGCCUUCACUGGGGUUCAGCAGUACACAGCCAUAUACCCAGCGACAACACUGACCCCUCUAGGUCAGUCACUGCCACAGCACCCUCAGGUCAUUGGUCAACAGCAGAGGGAAGGUGAGGGACCAGAGGGUUGUAACCUGUUCAUCUACCACCUGCCCCAGGAGUUUGGGGAUAACGAGCUGAUGCAGAUGUUCCUGCCUUUUGGCAAUGUCAUUUCCUCCAAGGUAUUCAUGGACAGAGCAACCAAUCAGAGCAAGUGUUUCGGCUUCGUGAGCUUUGAUAACCCAGGCAGUGCCCAGGCUGCCAUCCAGGCUAUGAAUGGUUUCCAGAUCGGCAUGAAGAGACUCAAGGUGCAACUGAAACGACCCAAAGACGCCAGUCGCCCCUAUUGACACCUUCCAGCACCAGUUUAAACAGAGGAACGGUAAGGAGGACGCCUUUGAUGGAACAAGACAUUUUACGAAAGAACUAAAUCAAAAGUUCUUCUGUUUUUUUAAACAAUGGAAAAUACUCUUCAUAUGGGAAUAGGUAGGAGAUAUACUUUCAUCUUCAAACAUAUCUGACUGGGCCCGGAGAGGAGCACUCAGCACUGUACCAGUGAAGGUUUGUCAUCAUAGUCAAGAGAGGAACUGGAUGAUCCACAGGACAUAACAAGACUUUCAAAACAAACAAAACACUUUUUUAGAUACAAAAAAUGACUUUGAACUAUUUAACACCUUUGGAGACUUAGGAUUGAAGAGGAGCACCACAAAACAGACUAAGAAGCAGUAUUAAAACUAAUGUGGAUUUCUGAUAGACUCAGAGAGGAGCAUAGUGAACAAGAAACAUCAGGUCUUUCCUACUAUGUGAUGGACAAAUGAGGGUUCAAUCUUUAUUUGAGGAUUCUAAGUAUAAUCUGGAAGGAGAUUGUGUCUCUCUUUUUCUUUCCCUCUCUCUGUCUCUUUUGCUCGCUCUGUCAGUCCCGAACUUGUCUUUCUCAAGUUUCCAUAGCAACCGAGUGAACUGCACCCCCUGGGGAUCGGAGGACCAAAUGUUUUUAUCAUGUACAAAAUACUAACAAUCAUAAUACUAUACAGUAUAUUGUUUAGUCUAGCGCAAACUAACAAUCAUAUAUACUUAUAAUGCCGUAUUCUACCUUUAGUUUAGUACAUAUAACCGUGAGAGAAAGUACUUCACCUCGGCACUGGAUUAUCCACCAUCAGUGUACUGCAGACUAGUACGGAGUACUUCAUGUAAAAGUAUGUAAAUGUAAAAUGGAAUCAUGUAGAAGUCCAUUGUGGAGGUUGUUGAGGGAGGAUGUGGUUCUGAGCUCUAUCUGCUGGAUGGAAUACAUUGUAGUCUGUGUGUUAUCCAUUUACUGAUACACUUUGGGCACUCGGUUUGACCCUUAAACUCUUGGAGUGUUGUCUCACACUGUGCAACGACCACUCAGAGCCUGUAUCGUGUUCAGACCAAGGAUCAUCUCACUUCACCCAAAUUCUAACCCUAAAGCUUCAAGACAAUGUUAAACUAUUUAGAUCAGUCUGUAAGGGUUUAUGUCAUCGUAUGUCAUUCUAUUCUGCCUACAGAGCAAAAAUCAUUGGUUCACAUUCCACUUUAAAUUCUUACUGCAGUUCUUAUGUCAGGACAAGGAAUGUCUUUAAGGCCAAUAGGUGUUCCUGAUAAGAUCGAAUGCUGAGAAAAAUCUCCUCACCAUGAUACAAAAACAUUGUUAAUGCACAAGCUAUUUUACUGAAUGACAUUACUCUGACAAUGUUUCAACUAAACUAACUAUACAUAAUGUGGCUCAUAUUUAUGUUAGCAUUUGUUUUGCAGAACUACUCAAACAGCUGAAUAUUACAUAGGACCAGCCUUUUCCUCACAUAAGCCAGGUAUACUUCCCAUACUUACAUGCUCAUGCUAAAAGCAUCCCUUCAUGUGGCUAUGUGCAGUUUUGAUGGAUAGGAGAGGUUGAAUCCAGACAGUGAUCCUGUAAGGGAAUCCUCAGCAGUACAGGGAGGUGCACAAUCGGAGUAGAAAGCUGUCUUAUCGGUUUGUGUCUGACAACCAUGAAAUUUUAGGAGGUUCUGCAGUAGUCGCCCUCUCGCUUGAAUUUUUUGGGGAAUGUUUUAUUCAGUUCGGAGAAAGCUGACACACAAACUUACUAGGAGUAGACUUCCAGUCUCCCUAAACAAGGCCCAGUUGUGAGCACAAGUCGUUUGCUGCACAGUGUAGGACAAGUUGGGAAUGCUGUCACAGUACCUCUAGGGGAACACAAGAAACAGACAGGAACAUCAAAACACACUCUACAAUGAACUGGCGGAUGAUUCCACCAGGCACUUUAGAAUGCGGGAAGGGAAAGGUUUUCUUUAUCUUUUAUUUUUUGUCAUCAUCACAUGUUCAGAAGUGAACCAUUUUUAAUUAACACCUAGUAAAUGUUACUGCCUAUUUUACUUAUAGACCAUUCCUGAGCCAACCUACCCUGAGAGACACAUGGUACUGCAUGUCUCACUACACAUUCCUAAUGGUAGACUGAAAAUGGCUACUGUUCCAAAUAUCAAAGUACAGCUUUGAGUAUGAAAGUCCCCUCCAGCUCUGUCUAUAUGGUCCUGUCACCAUGCUGUGGAGCUGAACCUAAGGACCAACCCAGAAUUACUUUGUUUGUCAUUGUGUUAUAUCAGAACAAAUCAAUCAUAAAAGUGAAGUUGCCAAAUAAUGUUUAAUCUAUCUAUGAAUACUAAUGUGUAAAUGUAAUUAUCUUGUAACAUUCCAGGCCAGUUGGCAGCUGUGAGACAAAUAUGAAGUAGCUAUUUUAGUUUUAUCUACAUUACUUUAUUCACUGUGCACAGAAUCAUAAACCAACUGGACAAAUAUGGAUAUACCAAUGAACAUUUGUAUUUAAGAUGUGUAUUAUACAUUGAUUUAUUUUCAUGGGUUUUAGUCAUUGCCAGAAUCUAGCAUACUACUUCUUAUUAGCUAUCAGCCAGCCUUGUAUUCUCUUUUAUCUGCAUGUUGUUUCCUCUCACAGAGAUAUAUUCAAAGAACGAUAUGGAUUAGAGUUACGGUCAACUCCAUUUCAAUCAGUUGAACAGGACAUUAUCAUUUCUAUAUAGGAGUGCAUUUAAAUACCUAUAUUAACUGUAAAGCAAUGUUGGUUUUGAUGAUGACUUUGUGAUAUAUUUAUUGACCAGCAGCCUCUCACUACUGUCAGCCCACAGCAGAGAAAUAGAAUUUGUCAUGAGGAGGACCAGUUAAAUUGCCAUGGUCUGACAGGUUUUUACCCUUCUAGAGAUUCUGUUUCUAAGGUAAGCGGAGCUUAGCCUGUGUCUGAUGCAGGUAGACAGUCAGUCUUAUGUUUGAUCCAGAUCUUGAGGUAACAGCAAUAGUCCUAGUUGCACUAAGAGGCCAUCCGUACACUACAGGAACCUAACAAGUCCUUUGACCUUUGCUCGUCCUAUAAACAUAAAUCAGUCUAAAGGCUAAACUAAUGCUAUUAUUGCCAAUCAGCUGGUUGAAAAUGUAUGUGUAUAUUUCUAUGUUCUAUUCAGGUUCUGGGGUUAUAUGCUUUUCAGGGGUUGGAGACAUAAAGAUAAUUUACUGUGCUUUUUCUAUAUGCGUUUAUUAACUACUACCUGAAUGAAGCCAUGUUACUUUCAAUCAAAUUAUUACAUGUGUACUUAGAAUUCCUUCUGCACUACCUCUAUAAGGUGAUGUGUAUAAAUCAAAAAAAGAAAAAAAAAGACCUUAACUAUAAUUUUAAGAUCUUUUAUGGGUUUUCUCAUGUGUUUACUGCCAAAAUCCACUUACGUCCAUCCUGCUCAACUGGAGGGUUGAAGAGUUGGGCAUUAAAGGGGACUUGGAUGAGGGAGGGACUGGGGAUCAUUACAUUGUUAUGAAUGAUACUGUGUGAUUCUGUACUAUGUUUUGAAUGCAGUGGGAAGAGAAAAUAUAGCUCGAUGUAAAUAGGAGAUCUGUUUAAUUCCAUUAUCUAGUCAGCACACAAAUCUUUUCAGGUAUUGG